AUAAUUAUAAUUCAAUCUUCGAAAAGUCAUAAAAAGUUAAAUUUAAAUUAGCAUUCUAGUGUUUUGAUACUUGCAAACUAUUGAAGUAUAUGUAAAAAGUGGAAUGUAAACGUUAAAUAUAAAAUGUUCUUGAUACGUACUGCUGUUACUUUACUUCUUCUAACACCUCUAUGCUUCGGGCAAAAUAAACAUAGGCCGACCAGAUCUCACACAACUAUGUCCAGAACGUUUUUCCGGAGAACCACGACUGGAGAAACUACCAUAGCUCUUGGGUUAAUAUAUUAUAAUAAAGCUUCAGUACCUCAGUGGCAGCGAGAAUACUUCAAACGUCCUAUAAAUGAAGCGGCGCUGUUGCCCCCAUUAGAGAAAAUACGGAAUUGUGACUUGUGUCCAAGAAUUCACAUUCCUGUUUGUGCUACUAAUAAGAGAACGUAUACUAAUAUAUGCUGGAUGAAUUGCUGGGGAAGCCUUACACUGCAAACGCUUCUAGUAGCUACUUUUCUCGUAACGGAAUCCGAGUUGCAAAAAACGAAACUUACUACGAAAGCGUCAGUGUUAAAGCAGAAAUACAAAAAAGAAAAUAUUCAAACAUGGGUCUCCUCGUUCUUGACACAGGUUUCGGACGAAGCGCUACCAAUUCUGGGUGAACAAAUAUCCAAUUGUAGCUGGUGCCCUACUGUGUAUUUACCAGUAUGCGCAUCGAACGGGAAUAGCUUCACAAAUAAAUGCUAUAUGGUGUGCAAUAAGUACGAGUAUAAUGGGGGUAAAACUGUCACCGUGAAUUAUAUGGGAGCAUGUCACGAUUAUGGAGUUACCUGGGAUAUGGCUUAAUUAUUGAAAUGUUUUUUAUUUACAAUUCAAAUUUAUUUCACAAAAUACAAAAAUAAAUGCAUUUCAACACA